AGACUAGGUCUGCAGCUGAAUGGCUCCACUGAAGUAGCAGAGUCAGUUUGCUUCCUGGAGAAUAGUUCUGCAGUAGCAACAGUAUUAUUCUUGACAAAUCAAUCAAGAAACUAAACAAGAAUCAAGAUUUAAUCAAAUACCCAUCUGAUUCUGUUUGAAAUCCAAAUGGGUCGCAAGCAAACCGCUCCAGAACUCGGUCGUUAUGGACUUCUGGCUCUUUUCGUUAUGGGUACAAUCUCCUGUUGCAUGGUCUACCUUUGUUUCUCUGCAUUGUUUAGACCAGCUAAUAGUAAUAGAGAGUUUGUGUUUUCAAAAGUUAGUAAUGGUUUGAAGAGUAAAGAUGCAGAUGGGGAUUGUUGUAGAGGGAUUGAGCAUUUGGAGCUCUGGGGUGAUGCUGUCAAAUGGGGUUCUGAAUUUAAAGUCAAUUCUUCUAAAGCUUGUUGCUUGGCUUGUAAAGGAAUGUGUAGUGGUGACAGUGGGCCUUGUUUGUGUGAUUCUUGGGUGUUUUGUGGAGAUAAACAGGCUUGUGGUGAUAAAUUUGGCGAGUGUUGGCUGAAGAAACAGAAGGACACCUUGGAGCCUGAUCGGCUAGACUCAGGGGACCAUGUUAUGUGGACUUCUGGAAUUGUUUUUGGGAGAGGAGAGGGCAUCAUUGGAUUGGAAACGGAAUAUGGGACACUUCAUCUAAAACUGUUACCUGGUUGUGCUCCACAUUCUAUUCCAUACAUUCUUGAUUUGUUGGUUUCGCACCAUUGUGUGGGUUGCCACUUUUACCGUGCUGAAAGCCGGGGAAAGUCGUGGGAUUCAGAAGGAAAUCAUAUUGAACAGGCUCCAUAUGGCCCCCCGUUUGCACUAAUUCAAGGAACUCUUGGAGCCUCUGGAACAAUGGAUAUUCCAACAGAGGCUUGCCCUACAAUUAGAAGAGGUUCGGUGGCAUGGGUUGAGUCUGGCCCAGAAUUCUUCAUCAGCCUAGCCAAUCACAAUGAGUGGAAUAAGGCAUAUACGGUGUUUGGUUUCGUUCUUCCUGAAGAUAUGGAAAUUGUAGAGAGAAUUGCACAGCUUCCAACCAAACCAGAGGUGUGGGGUAAUAUUAAUGUUGCUGUCUUGGAAAAUCCUGUUCCGUUACAUGUCCGAAGAAUCAAGAGAAGUGUCGGAAACCAAAAGCUUUACACAAAUUGAGACACCAGAUCAAGUGGGUCUUAGUUUUUUGAUGUUUAUUGUCAGCUCAUAUGGACCAACGGGGUGAUUUGAACCCAAACUUUUGUUAGCUCCUAUCUGUAGUGAAUCUCUGUGUCAUAUAAAUUUACAUCCUGUACAUUUUGUAGAUAGGAAAAAGAAGAGAACAAGAGAAAUUACGGGUAAUAAAUCAUUGAAAAUCUAUAUUCAACAGUGCUGCAAAA